UCACCGAACAAUGGGUUCACUUGAUUAAAGUAUACUCGUCGAACCUGGUCAGGCUGACGACCACGGUUGCGUCGUCCACCAUGGACUGGAUUUCGAAAGCACCUGGCACAGCCACCGCCGCCGCCGUCUGCCGUUCGUGCGGCAUUUUUGAAUUGCCACGAGAUGGGGUGCCACCACUCGACUGCCGUCCCUGCGUUUACAGCGAUGCCAGGCACUGCCGACCUCAAGCACGACCAGCGCCGACGGAUGCCAUCGCUCCAACCUACCUUCAGCACAACGUCGGAUGUGUCGGUGAAGCACCUUUCAAUGCCACACAAGCGCGUGCAGCCGCUGCUGGCACAGGUCAAAUAUCCUUGUCACACCAGCACGUGGAUUCGAGGCAAUCCCGUCGCCGUCGAGUGGACCGUCUUGGACAUGUCGGCCGUGUACGUGAUGAUCGAGCUGUGCCAGGUGGGAUCCACGGCGACGACGCUCCUUACCGCGUCCGCGCCCAACACAGGAUGCUUUGUCUAUUCGAAAGUCCCAUGGGGCUUGAUUGGCGAAGGGUUUUACAUUCGUAUUGUCGAGUUGAUUCCUGGCCAAGGCUGUGGAACGCCUCGCGAAGCGCUCAGCGAACUCUUCCGCGUCGGCAAUUCGAGGUGGCCCGACACGUCAAGUGAAGGGUCGCUCACCCCACUGAGCGUCCGUGCGUCGUCGAUGCGGUCGCCGUCCCCGAUGUCGUCGAGGUGGCAGGCGGAGCACACGCCAGUGUCCCAUCAUCGCCCAGUUACGAGCUGCUAUUGACCGCCGCCACCGGCAACCCCCUUUUCGUUCGUUGUGUCGAAACUAUUUUAUUCUAAUUUACGCUGGCAAGAACAGCCCAGUUGGUCACCAUGGUACCUCACGCCCUCGGGACGCUGCAAAAACCCUGCAGCAUCAAUGAAAGCCCCGCAUGCGCCACAACCUGCUACUCGUACUCGGAAGCUCGUUUCGUUGAUCUAGGCUGGGUCGAGUGGGUGGCACAGCCGGUGCGAAACCAUGUCUUUGCUGCCGCACACUCUGGCCGCACCAACGGCCGCGCGGGCGAGCGAUAUGCCGGUCACAAAUUCCACACUCACCGCGCUCCACUUCUUCGUGGACGUCUGUCGAGCGCGGGUGGCUACCAGCCUCACAGGUGACGUGCUGUUGUCGUUGCACGUUGCGCCGUGCACAACCCAUUUGGCCACCCACGAGGAUUUCGGUCUGGGAUCGAAGCGUGAGUGCAUAGCCAAAGGCGACAGGUACGGCCACGAUAUCUCUGUUGGUCGUCGAUCAAGCCCGAUCGGAUCCGUCGGAUGGUUCCAUCCGUGUUGGGUUCCACGCCAUCGUGGUCCACCAAAGGUCGCUCGAACACAGGCGCCACGGCAGCUGUUCGAGCUGCACCACCAAGACUUCGCAGGCCUUCCCUCCGCACGACAGAACCAAACAGAAGAUCCAUGGAUCUUAGCAUCAACGGGGCUGGCAGCCGCCAUGGCGCAUGCGCCCUUCGCCAUUCUCGGCAGUGGGAUCCGCUGUUUGGGCGGUUCUGGUAGGUAAACAAAUUUUCGUCGGCUUUUUUGACCUCGAAAUUCGCUUGGGUGGGCAAAAACUUGCCCAAUUUGGCACGGAUCGCUGAAAAAUCGACCAAAACUCCACCAAAAUCCACGAAAUGUUUGACCGCGCGUGCGAGAUUUUGGAAUAUAUUUUUACGUAC